AUGAGGAGAGCGAUGCUUCCGAUCCUGCUUGUUGUGGUGCUGGCCCUGCUUACCGUGCUUCCUGUGCCGUGUCUUGUGCAGGCGGCCGUGAACGACCGCACGAUCGAGUACCGACUCUAUGAGUCCACCAACACGACCUGCGGCACCCAGAAACGCUUGCAUGUACUCGAGGAAGGCUCUUGCGUUCCAACGGGCUCCGUGUCGCUGCAGUUCACGACGUUGUCACCCAACAACGAUGUGAACCUGCAAGCGUUUGCGUCCGCGACGUGCGACAUGUCGACGCGGUACGCCAACGUGAACAUCACCAACGACCAGUGCGUGCUUGACAGCACGUACGCGGUGGAUGUACGCUAUAUCACGCGUGCCGGGUGCUCUGCCAGCUACGGUCCGAGCAUGCUGCGCCUGACAUACUACGACGGCUUCUGUUGGAGCAGCAACGUGACUGCCACUGGCGACAUUGUUCCGGAUGGCACCUGCAUCUACAGCGAGGCCAAUGGCUACUACUGGCGUGUGACAAUGCCCGUGAGUGGCUGCGCUGUUGGUGCUCCAGUUCGCUUUCAGGCGUACAACGAUGCACAGUGCAUUCAAGGGAUCGGCGAGUACGAGGUUGAAGUGGGCCAGUGCCCGUUCAGCAUUGAAGGCUCUCGGUUCUUUCUUGGCUGCACGUGUGACACCACCAUUCCACUCACGUCGUCCAUCUCCAUUUCCCGUCCCCUUGUUGGGGCCAUCGCCACGGCGGCUGCGGCUGUUCUGCUGCUGCUUUAA